AUGGAGAAGUACUUUUUUAAAGUAUCAAAUUCAAGUUCUAUUACUCAGAAUCAACCUAACCGGGAAGAAAAUGCUAACUAUUUAGAAGUACCAUCACACUCUUCUCAAGAAUUUGAUUUAAGUUCUUUAAAGGCUGAUCCAGAGUAUAGUAUAAGUAAAGAUGCAGCCUUUUGUUUGUACUGUUAUUUAUUCAAGCAAAAUAACAAUCUUCAAGGCGGAGGUGAAACAUUUUUGAGUGUGGGGUUUAGAAGUUGGCAUAAAAAAGCUAGUUUGCAAACACAUGUUGGUGGGCAUACUAGCAUUCGCAAUCAGUCAAAAAUAAAAUGUGAAGAUCUAAUGCGACAACAACAAUCCAUACAUGCUUCAUUUGAGAAACAAUUUAAUCAAGAUAAGCACGGGUAUCAGAUCCGCUUAGCAGCUUCAAUUGAUGUAGUAAGACUUCUUGUGAAACAAGGCUUGGCAUUUCGAGGUCAUUAUGAAUCUAAAUUAUCACUUAACAGAGGUAAUUUUCUUGCGAUUCUUUCAUUUUAUGCCCAAAAGUGUGAUGAAGUUCGUAAGUUUGUAUUGGAAAAUGCUCUUCAAAAUGACCAAAUGACUUGUCCAAAAAUUCAAAAAGAUAUUGUAAUUGCUUGCAAGAUUGAAACAAUUAAGGGCAUCAUAAAGGAACUAAAUGGUGAUUAUUUUUCCUUAUUGGUUGAUGAAUCUUUUGAUGUUUCACGCAAGGAGCAAAUGGCGGUUGUUUUACGAUAUGUUGAUAGAAGAGGAUUUGUGAUGGAGAGACUUCUUGACAUUGUUCAUGUUAAAAAUACUAGUGCUUUAUCUCUAAAAGAAGCAAUUGUCAAUUUACUUUCUCAACAUUCCUUGAGUCUAUCUUAUGUGCGUGGACCAUGCUAUGAUGGAGCAAGUAAUAUGCAAGGUGAUAUCAAUGGCUUUAAGAUGUUGAUUAAGAAAGAAAGUAGAUCGGCUUAUUCCAUACAUUGUUUUGCUCAUCAACUUCAAUUAACUCUUGUUGGUGUUUCUAAGAGAUGUCUUCAAGUUGGAGAAUUUGUUCAUUUGGUUUCAAAUAUUUUUAAUGUUUUGGCGGCUUCUUAUAAACGUAUGGAUGAUUAUCGAGAAUCUCAAAAAAAAAAAAUCAAGAAGCUUUUGAUAUGGCAAUUGCAAGAACUCAAUGAUCGUUUUGAUGAGGUAACAACCGAGUUGCUUUAUGGAGCUGCUUGUUUGAAUCCGGUAGACUCAUUUUCAAGUUUUGAUAUCCAGAAAAUAAUGAGAAUGGUUGAAUUAUAUCCUGAUAACUUUGAUGAACUUAGCAUAUUGGUUCAGACAAAAAAACAUUCAUGUUAUCCUCUUGUAUUUCAUUUGGUGAAAUUCGUUUUGCUUCUACCAGUUGCCACUGCAUCCGUUGAAAGAGCUUUUUCAGGAAUGAAAUUUAUUAAGAAUGAGUUGCGAAGUCGAAUGAAUGAUGACUUCUUGAGCGGUUGCAUGGUUCCUUUUAUGGAGAAGGAUGUGUUUCAGGAUGUUUCAACAGAUGCUAUUAUUUUGUCUUUUCAAGCAAUGAAACCUCGUCGAAUAGUAUUGUAA